CUGCGAGAGCUGGGCCGGGGUGCCUGGGGCACGGUCUACGUGGCCCGCCGCCAGCAGGACGGACAGCUGUAUGCGGUCAAGGCUGUGGAGCUGCAGGGGCUGAGCCGCAGGGACCAGCUGGCGGCGGUCCUUUCCAGCCUGGACAGCCCCCACAUCGUCAAGUACUACGACUCCUACCUGCACGGCGGCCAGCUGCACAUCGUGCAGGAGCUGUGCGGCGGCGGCAGCCUGCACGCCGCCAUCCGCCGCGCGCGGCGCCCGCUCCCCGAGGACGCCAUCUGGCGUGUGCUGCUGCACACCGCCCUGGCCCUGCACCACAUGCACAGCAGGCGCAUGCUUCACCGUGACGUGAAGACGAUGAACAUCUUUCUGAGCACGCCCCUGGACCAGCAGGGCGGCCAGCAGCAGCAGCGGUUCAAGCUGGGGGAUGUGGGUGUCAGCAAGGUGCUGGAGGAGGGGCGCAGCCACGCCAGCACCCUCAUCGGCACGCCCUACUACCUCAGCCCCGAGCUGGCGCAGGAGCUGCCCUACGGCCCCCCCAGUGACAUGUGGGCGCUGGGCGUGGUGCUGUACGAGUGCGCCACGCUGAGGCAGCCCUUUGACGGCAGGUCGCAGGCCAGCCUGAUCAUGAAGAUUCUGCGGGGCCGCUACGAGCCUGUGGUGGGCCUGAGCGCAGACCUCACCGCCAUCAUCCACCGCCUCCUCAGCCAGGCGGCGGCUCGCCGACCCAGCGCCGACACACUGCUG